AUGGAGUCUCUGCUGGCGGCCGCGCCCUUCCAUGUCGCAGCCUUCUCGUCCGUGUCCUCUCCGUCCGCCCACUCGCCGUCUGUCCUCCGCAGCAUCCGUGGGGGCGGCCACGCCGUCCGAUGCGCCUCGGCCAAGGAGGCCAUCCUGUACGCGCUGGAGCACGAUGAGAUGUUCAACUCGGAAGAGGUGAUCCAGUGGGAGAGCGGCAAGACGAUCAACUCCAUCGCCGCCGCGCAGGGCAUCCGCAUCCGCCGCCGGUGCCGCCCCCGGUACCCCUCGGAGGGCUCCGGCGACGACAAGGCCGUGCCCCGCAACAUCCUCGAGCAGAUCGUCUGGGACAAGGAGGUGGAGGUGUCGCAGAGGAAGGCCAAGAAGCCCCUGAAGAGUGUCGUGGAGUCCAGCGAGCACGCGCCGCCGGCCAGGGAUUUCAUCGGCGCUCUCACGGCCGCCCACCGUCGCAACGGCGUGCCUGCCCUGAUCGCCGAGGUUAAGAAGGCGUCGCCCAGCAGGGGCGUGCUAAGGGAGAACUUCAAUCCGGUUGAGAUCGCGCAGGCAUACGAGAAAAACGGCGCGGCUUGCCUUAGCAUCCUCACGGAUGAGAAGCACUUUCAGGGGAGCUUUGAGAACCUUGAAACGGUCCGCAAUUCGGGUGUGCAGUGCCCUCUUCUGUGCAAGGAGUUUGUCAUCGAUAUCUGGCAAAUCUACUACGCACGAUCAAAGGGUGCCGAUGCGAUUCUCUUGAUUGCUGCUGUGCUACCGGAUCUUGACAUGAAAUACAUGCUUCGCAUUUGCAAAAAUCUUGGAAUGACUGCUCUUAUUGAGGUUCACGAUGAGAAAGAACUCGACCGUGUGCUGAGAAUAGAUGGUGUUGAGCUUAUUGGAAUCAAUAACCGCAGUCUAGAGACAUUCGUAGUUGAUACUUCAAACACAAGGAUGUUGAUGGAGAAGCGUGGUGAUAUCAUAAAGGAGAAGGGAAUAUUGGUUGUUGGUGAAUCUGGCCUGUUCACUCCCGACGAUGUUGCAUAUGUGCAUAGUGCUGGCGUUUCUGCUGUUUUGGUAGGAGAGUCCCUGAUCAAGGAAGAAGAUCCUGGGCGAGCCAUUGCUGGGCUUUUCGGGAAGGAGCUCUUGAGUUGAAUUAAUGCUCUGCAAUUCUGUGUGUUGGUUUUUUCCGUUCUUUUGAGCAGAUUUGUGUUUGUGGCUACUUUUUAUGUAGCAAGCAUAAAUAGGUGUGCAUAUGCGCUUCCGAAUGAAGUGCACCACAUGUAUAUGUAUAUAAAUAAGAGUAAUAUGCGUUCCAAAAUAAUGUAAUCCGUUCUCUUCUUUAUAUAGAA